UUUCGCCAGUAUAAUCGAUAAAGCUAGGUUGGACACCAAAAAGUUAUCGGUUUAAUCUGGGAUAAUUUUAUAAUUAUAAUUUUGUACGGCUAAUCUCUUUUUCUAAUUACAGAUUAGGGAGUUAAGCUCGAGAAUGUGGAUAAUCCAUUUAUGUGCAAAGCUAUUCCUAGGCGUUUCAGUUACAUACAUACACAUGUUUUCACUUUAUUGUCGUACUAGUAUACCCUCCAAGUCAAUAAAAUAUGCAAUAUUCUUACUUAACCAAAACAUUGCUCAGCUUUGCUAUGAUAUAACGGGACUGCGAUGUGAUAUGCGUUCAACACUGGAAAAUAUUAAUCAGAUAUUUAUCUUUUUAUCUGAGACUCAAAACUCAGAUCAAAGUGAACAGAAGAAAUCAGAUGUGUACAUUAACAAAUCUUUCACACCAAGUUUCAACAGUUAUAAAAAUGCCAGUAACGGCUGUGCAAAAGCAGCCACUAAUCAGCUUUCGAGGUCACAGUCUUCAGUUGAUAUAAAUAACAUGCCGUUUCCGUUGACGACAGCAGCGCCGCAUAAUUUCUUGUUGCAGCUGCCGAAUAGCAUACCUCUGUCAAUUGAAGGUGAUUCUAUUUUAAAACAACGGUUAGUAUGCAAAUGA